AAACAAACAUAAUAUUAUUAAAUAAAAUUUAAAAGCAUAAUCUUUAUUAUGACUAUUCGUGAAAAUCACAUGUGAGUAUAAAUGAGUAUAAAACAUUAUAUUAUCAUUAGACUGUAAAUGAAUAUUAUCCGUCAGAACAGUUGACGUUAGUUGACAUUUUUUAUUAAACCUAUAUUUGACCUAUAUUCUAUGUUAUUUAUAUAUGUCCUUAGAAGUAUCAUUUAAAUUAUAUCAAACGUAUUUAGUGUAUAUAUAUAUAUAUAUACGUUUGCAUUUACGAAGGAAUAUCAUUCUAAAUGUAAGUUACGAACACAUUGUAAUAAGAUUAAUAAAUUAUAUUUGUUUUUUAAGUCAUCAUGCAAAAAAAAUUACUUUUUGUAUUAAUGUAUAUUAAGUUUUUAUUAAUAAUUUCAACGGUCGCGAAAAAAAGCGAACAUACGAAAGAGCAAACUUCAAAGUUUAAACUGCCAACCAAAUACAAUCUGUUAAAAAGUGCAACUUUCCAAUUAGAACCAAAUGGAGAAUUAUUUAAAAAGUCGCUUUUAAGAAAUGCACAAGGAUAUCAAGAGGCUAUCAAAAUAUUAGAAGAUAUUGAUACAUAUGAACGUAGAUACAUAAUGAUCAAACAAAUUAUUAAGGAUGCAAUUCAUAUUAUUGAAGAUAAAACAUCAAUGCUAGAGAAUAUAAUGUCUAAUAUUAACAAGGGAAUCGUUUCAAAUAAUGAUGGUAUAAUAGAGUGCUUGUUUUUUAUAUUGGAGCAAACAUCUUUUUUUGGAAAUGUUGUUCUUAAUUUUCCGGAUAUUACUCGUAAAAUAUUAAAAAAUCAAAAUAAAUGGAAAGAAACAAUGAAUUGGUCUUUACAUUUUGCUAAUAAAAUGCAACAUUUGUUGGAUGAAUCCAUUAUUACUAUAAUUUCUUCAGCUAUUGAAGAGCUUAAUAACACAAGACGAAAAUCUGAAUCCAUAAAUUAUGAAAAAAGUAAUCAUUUGUCUAACAAAAAGAAGUUCAAGAAAGGAAUGUCAAAACAAAAAAAAGGUCCAAAAUUAAUAAAAUACGAUUUAUAAACAUUUUUGUGGUAAAUAAUAAAAAAAAAAGGAUAUGCUUUCCAGCGCCAAUACCAUGCCAUUUCAAUUUGAUUAAAUCCAGUUGUAAAUAAAGAUAAUCCAAU